AGAACAUCACCCGGAUGAUAGAGGACAAGGUGGACCAAGACAUCAUGACAGCAAUAGAUGAAGACACCUUGUCGAGGUAUAUUCCUCAUCUGGGUGACAGAGUGUUUGCCAGGAACUGGACCAGUGGUGAACGCAAUGAAGAGAGGAAGCGAAUCCUUGUGGAUCAACUUAGGUCCAAAAUGAGGCUAUCUAGCACCAGUGGCCCAGCACCGACAGCCACUCAAAGCCGCAAUAGGAUUGGUGUGGGGAACAGAAAUGCAGAGAGCGACACGAGGAAGACUGAAGUAGGAUGGAUGAACUACCACAACGGUGUUAUGAAACAGGUUCGACGUCCAACUGGAGGUGGCACAAGGGAAAUCAUAGUCAGGAAAAGUGACACCAUGAAAAAAAAAUACUUGAGGAUGCAAAGAUGUUUUUCCCUAAUGGGAAAUCCACAAAAGGACAUAUGGACGAAUUUGAAUUCUCACUCUGUUAUGGGUUCAGGUGAGCCUUUAGAAGACACACUGAGUGUUGCAAGUGUCUGUGACACAACUCGUCAUAAACUUCUUCGAUUGUAUGUCUGCUCUAAGAGAAAACAUGCUGAAACUUCAACUAAUUUGAAUGCCACACCUGAGUCACCUCACCAAGACAGCUCACUUGCAGAGAGUACUUGCACUACAGCAAGCAAGACUUCAACACCAGACAGCCUCUCUCCACAUGCUUUUUCUUCUACUAUAUCUCAGCUCAGCCCUAUAAUGCCUGCUCCAGUGUCUGAAAUAGGACAGCUUGUGUCUACCUCAAGCCCUCCCAUACCUGCAUGUGUGAUUCCACAUUCAAAUGAGGAAGAUGAAGAGGUAAUAUUUGUAGGUGAUCCUAGGAAUGUGUCAUGUGACGACACAAAUGACACACUUAUGUAUGACCCACAAAUUACACCUCUGCCUGCAUUUGACAAUUUGCUAACCAACUUGCUUGCUGAUAAUGUGGUUGAUGGGACGUCUGAUGCAAACUCCACCUCUUUCUUUGAAAACCCGGAUAAUGUUGCAGAGAAGCAGCUCCUCACUAUUCGUUCAGCCCACUGCAUUACAGAUAUGAUUAAUGCCUUUUCUGACCCCAACAUCCUGGAUGCAAAUAUUACUUUUCAGCGGGUUCUGGAAAAUGGAGACAUAGAAAAUGGGGUACCCACCUUGCAUCAUGCUUACAAAGAAAGAGAAUGGGAAGCAGUGGCCCGCAUCGUGGCCUUUGGUUGGAAGUACAGGUAUCUUCCGGUGCAGCUGGCAAGGCCAUUUCUGUUAGAGGCUUUCUCCAUCAACCCAUCCACCUCUUCAUCUACCUUGAUGGAGGCUUUCUUGAACUACAUCAGCCCCAAUGAAAAAGAUGCCCUCACUGACGCUCUGAAUGAUUUCCACAAUGCCGACUUUGAUGAGCUGCUAACCAUUCUAGGCAGUCACAGCUGCCCAACUCUGCCUACAGAGCAGAAUUUGGCCAAACUUCUUGAUGAAAUUGUUCACAAGGAACUUGUGCAAGAACCUGCAUUCAUAAUAAAAUGUUGA